AUGUCGGGCGGCCAGGGCACCGUGCGCCGGCCGCCGCGCUCGGGCGGAGGCGGAGGCGGAGGCGGCGGGGGCACUUUGCCCGCCAGCGGCUUCACCUACGUCGGCAAAAGGCAGCCGCUGACGCUCAACAACGGCGCGCCGGCGCCGCACCUCAACAACGGAUCGCUUCGCUCGUUGCCCGACAAGGGGAAGCGCAACGGCACGCCGUGCCGGCCGGAAGACUUCAAGCGAAACCUGGACGCGCGCUAUUCGCGCAAGCAGGAAAACGGCUACCUGCGUUCUUCCGAAACCGUUCUGGGGCUGGGCCGAGGGACGGAUCGAGACGCCGACUACGGCGAGCCCGAGUACUCCGUGAUCGCCGAGGGCUUCGCGCGAGACGACUACUGCUCGCACUCGAACACCUUCAACUGUUGAAAGUUGACACGCCCGCUUCGAACCUGUCGACUUUGUGAUUUUGAAAUUCUAGUAAUAAUUCUUCAUUCCGUUAAGUUUUCUGGGAACGUUCCGCGGAGGAACCCGGCGCUCCGGCGUCGGUGCGGCGUGUCCGGAGACGUUUCGUAGAGAGAGUACUUUAUUUGUAAAUUAUUUAAUGUAAUAAUUAAGUAAUAGGAAGCGAUGGAUCUAUUUUUCAAUGGAAUGUAAGCUGAGAGCCGAAAGUGAAACUUUCGGCCGCGAGCCGGUUUCGUAUCGUUCGUAAUUUUAAGAUUAGGUCUGUACAUAAAACUAAAUUUUUCAAUAGAGCAAUAGUGAUCUAGUGUGAAGCAAUAAAUGAAUGCAUGCGCCGACGAUACGAAGCCGCCGGCGAUAGUACUCCGUGCGUACAAUUGACUAGUCGUUAUAAGAAUAGUGAGGAGAGCAUGAUGUGAUCUGUGAAGUCUGCCGUGCAGAGGCAGCUCGUAGAAACUUCAUUUUGUACAAAAGCCAUUCCAUUCAACGGGCGCUCCCGAAGGAACGCGUCGGAGACCGAGACUCCUUCCCGUCUGCGAUGUGUGUCUUCGAGAGGGGCGUUAUCUAUUGUCUUAUAAAUUGAUUCGUAGGGAAAUAAGAGUGCGUUAAGACACCAAUGUGUAAGAAGAUAUUAGGUAGCUUUAACGAUUAACGAAUGUAAAUAUAUUUAUACUACAUUGAGAUAUUUAUUAAAUUUAAUACGGUCCUGUUCUAAACUGUUUCUCGUGUCGUGAUGACCGAUGACGUCAUCUCGCUCUUAUUAUACUUUAUAUGUUAUACGCGUUAUAUGUACCUACACUACACUCUGUAGAUAUGAAGCACUCAUUUUCUAAUAUAACACGUUUUUACGCUCAAUCAUAUUAAAAAUUAAUUUUUAUAUUUAAGAAAUUGUAUAAAAUUUUGCCUUUCAUAGACCAUUGUAAUCGUAACGAAUUCCAAUAAAAUGAGAAUAUUUCUCUCUCUGAUCGGGUAUCGUUUUUAAAAGAGACUAUCAAAAAGCUUUAUAAAUAUUUUCAAAUAUUUCGAUGCGUAUGUUGUUCAUUAUAGUCACGUUAAGAUCUUUAUAAAUAUAUAUGUGUGUGUAAUUUUAUCUAGGCAACAUAAAUAAGAACAUGCCAAGGUAUGGUCGAUCAAAGGCACACAAAUAUUUUUUGGCCUCAACUGUUUCGUUGAUUUUAAUUAACAUAAUAUGUAUCUGUAAAGUAUCCCUAUUAGUGGUUUAGUUGUUUCAACUAUACUCACACCAGAGAAAAGAAGACGUAUAAGGUUGUUCCUUACUUUUUUAUUUUGAUACUUAUCGGCGCCAUCUGGUGUGUUAGUGCGUAAUUAACAUUUUGACCUUGUUUUGCUAUAAACCGAACCCGACGGAUAGCAAUUUCUGGAAUAUGCGUUGAAAUAAUUUUGUACAUACGGAGAAAUUAAAGACUAAAGCGAUGUAUAAUGGCAUAUUAAUAUGUUAGUGCCUAGAUAAAGCCUAAGUAUACAAACAUACAUAUGAAAUUUGUGAUUAGUGGUUUACGGCUGCCGUCGUAACUCUUUAAUAAUAGAUCAUCGAUCACUUCCGUACUUUAUUGUAGCUAUUACCUACAUACAAACUCGAUAAAUAUAACAUACCUCGAAA